AUGGCAACAGAUUUGAACAAAGUUUUACUGGACGCCUCACGCAAAGGAAGAGCGAAAAUUGUAGAAGAAAUGAUAAAUGAAGGAGCUGAAGUAAAUUCAAUGAGUUGUGAACAAUGGAAUGCUUUAAUGUUGGCCUCAAUCGGAGGACACGAUAAAGUUGUUGAACUAUUAAUUAAACAUGAAGCUGAUGUGAAUGCCAUACGGUUUAAAGAAGAUAUUGAAUUGCUGGUGGCUGCUGAAAAAGGUGACGAAAAAAAAACCGCCGAACUAAUAAACAAUGGAGCCAAUGUAAAUAUAAUACAAUAUACUGGUUGGAAUGCUUUAAUGUACGCAUCACAAUAUAAUCACCAAAGUGUUGUACAACGUCUGCUUUAUAAUGGAGCUGUUGUAAAUGCAAAAGUUACUAAAGGAUGGAGUGCUUUAAUGUUGGCUUCACAAAAUGGACACAGAAACGUUGUAAAGCUUCUAAUCGAUAGUGGGGCUAAUGUCAAUGAAAAAGUCAGUAUAGGCUGGUACGCCUUGAUGCUGGCCUCAAGAUUCGGACACGCAAGUAUUGUCGAACUUUUGCUACAAAAAAAAGCUGAAACAGAGAGUCGGUGUGAUGAAUCUAGUGCGUUAAUUCUUGCUUUGCAAAAUGGACAUGAAAAAAUUGUAGAACUUCUGUUAGAAAAAAUAGAAGAUGUUAAUUCAUCUCUCCGAAGGAAUUUGAGUCCAUUGAUGCUGGCAUCUGAAGAGGGACAUGAAAAUGUGGCCAAACUUUUAAUUAAUAACAGGGCUGAUGUAAACGUAUCAAAUGGUGUAUUGGUAAACGCUUUAAUUGUAGCAUUAGAAAAAAGACUAAACAAGUCGGUUGAGCUACUAUUACAACACAAAGCAAACGUUAAUAUUAUUAAGUGUUUUGGAAUAAACCCAUUAUUAUUAGCUACUUUGCAGUGUCAUACGACUAUCGUAGAUUUACUUUCAGAACGAGUGAAAUUUUUAAAUCAUGAACUAAGUAAAGGAUGGGAUGCAGUAAUGAUAGCUAGCAAGAAUGGACAGUCAGAAGUUGUGGAAAUGCUUCUCCAAAGUGGAGCUGAUGUGAAUACGCUACGAAGCAAAAGGUGGGAUGCAUUAGCUUUGGCAAAAGAUAGUGGGCACACAAGCAUAGUUGAUAAAUUUGAAAAAUUUGGAGAUAAAAUAAAAACUAGAAAACACCGCGGAAGAAAUCCAUUGAUGAUAGCGUCUUUUGAAGGACACGAAAGCGUCGUUCAAGUUAUUUUAGACCAUAGAAGAACUAAUAUUAAUGCCAUCGAUAAUGACGGUUGGACAGCAUUGAUGAUGGCAUGUAAACAAGGUCAUAAAAACGUAGUCAAGUUAUUACUGAAAAAAAUUCUUCGAAAACAAAAAUGGAAUUCAAGUAAACUUAAAAAAGGGAGAUGUUUAAAUGGUCCUACAUCCUCCAAAAAUGAAUUUAAAAAAAUAUUGGAAGCAUUAUCAAGAAGUCAAUGCGACAUAGACGCUAUUAAUAUCAAAGGGUGUACUGCGUUAAUGAUUGCUUCCAAAAAUGGACAUUAUGAAAUUACUAAACUUCUUGUAGAAAAAGGAUGCAAUGUUCAUGUUCACAAUAAAAAGGGAUUAAAUGCAUUAGACUUAGCACAGAAGAAAGGAAAAGAGAACAUUAUCAAACUGCUUAAAGAAGUCAAAGCAAACAGCAAUUAUGUAUGUAUUUGUAAGGUUUUUACUUCGGAAAAUAAUUAG